GCUGCUGUGGAAGUUGUUGGUAUUCAACAGUGUAAAAUGAAGUGACGUGGAGUACUACAUGACAAGCGGACGUCUCCUAAAACUUCACAAACUAAGAGAAGAGUUGUGACCAUAUCUUUGGACAUGCACCGUUAGCGGUUUUAAUACCGGUGGCUUCAUAUUUUCGGACUCAACAUUGACGAAACAAGUUUUACACCUGAGAAACAGCGCGACUCUCAUCGGCUAGCUCAUUAGCUAUCAGGAACUGCCUCUGCUCUAACGAUGGCUAUCUGAAGUCGGCGUCAUCCAAGUCAUACAUCGUAUUAUCACCGGAGCCUUAAAAUGACAAGGACUAAGAAAGACUUAACAGUCCGCCGUUGACGUUUACUUUGCAAGAAAUCGCAGUAAAUUAGCUAGCUAAUAUUAGCCUCGUCGGCUGAGCUGGGAAGUAUCAGAGCGAACUGUCAAAAUGUGCUCCCUGCUCCGAGGUGAAGAGAUGUGUCUGGCCCAGCUGUUUCUACAGUCCGGCUCAGCGUACGACUGCAUCAGUGAACUUGGAGAGCUGGGGCUUGUUGAGUUCAGAGACCUCAAUCCCAGCGUUAACGCGUUUCAGAGAAAACAUGUCAACGAGAUCAAAAAAUGUGAAGAGAUGGAGAGGAUCCUCGGAUACCUUCUGAGGGAAAUCAAGAAAGCAGACAUUUCACUGCCAGAUGGAGACGUUAACCCAGUGGCUCCUUUACCCAAGCACGUCAUGUCUAUAAUGGAGCAGCUACAGAGGCUAGAAGUGGAGUUAGGUGAAGUCACCAGGAAUAAAGAGAAGCUGCAGAAGAAUCUGCUGGAGUUGACAGAGUACACACACAUGCUGCGCAUCACCCGUAACUUUGUACAGAGAACCUCAGAGCGAGAGCCCCUGCAAGUGCAGUAUGAGGAGUUUCCCUUCCUGGAGAAAGACACAAUGAUGGACUACAGCAGCAUGCAGAGGCUCGGAGCUAAACUGGGUUUCAUCUCUGGGCUUAUUCAGAGGGCAAAGAUCGAGGCCUUUGAACGGAUGCUUUGGAGAGUCUGUAAAGGCUACACCAUCCUCAGCUAUGCUGAGGUUGAGGAGUAUCUGGAAGAUCCUAACACGGGAGAGCCCACCAAAAGUGUGGUGUUUCUGAUCUCUUACUGGGGAGACCAAAUUGGCCAGAAAGUGAAGAAGAUCUGUGACUGCUACCACUGUCAUUUGUAUCCAUAUCCCAGUAACAAUGAGGAGAGGAAUGAUGUUGUGGAAGGACUAAGAACUCGAAUUCAGGACCUCCACACGGUACUUCACAGGACAGAGGACUACCUGAGACAGGUCCUGAUUAAGGCUUCAGAAUCCGUCUACACCUGGGUCAUCCAGGUCAAGAAGAUGAAGGCCAUCUACUAUAUUCUGAACCUGUGUAGUUUUGAUGUUACUAACAAGUGUCUGAUUGCGGAGGUGUGGUGUCCGGUCAAUGACAUUCCCACUCUGCGAAGGGCCCUGGAAGAAGGAUCGAGAAAAAGCGGUGCGACAGUUCCUUCCUUUGUCAAUCGUAUCCCCACCAGCGACACUCCCCCCACACUUAUAAGGACCAACAAAUUUACCUCUGGCUUCCAGAACAUCGUAGAUGCCUAUGGAGUGGGAAGUUACAGGGAGGUCAACCCCGCUCCAUUCACAGUCAUCACUUUCCCCUUCCUGUUUGCUGUGAUGUUUGGGGACCUGGGGCAUGGACUUAUCAUGGCUCUCUUUGCUUUCUGGAUGGUGGUGUACGAGAACAACCGCAAACUUAAAAACACCAGGAAUGAGAUCUGGAACACAUUCUUUGAGGGGCGUUAUAUCAUCCUGAUGAUGGGCCUGUUCUCCAUCUACACGGGCCUGAUAUACAAUGACUGCUUCUCGAAGUCCCUCAACAUCUUUGGUUCUGGAUGGAAUGUGACGGCCAUGUUAAAAGCGAACGUGUGGAGUGACACUGAUCUCAAUGGGAAUCAUCUUCUAACUCUUGAUCCAAAUGUUGAGGGAGUUUUCAUGGGACCCUACCCUCUGGGAAUUGACCCGAUUUGGAACCUGGCAUCCAACCGCCUCACAUUUCUAAACUCUUACAAGAUGAAGAUGUCAGUGAUACUGGGUGUUGUACACAUGAGCUUUGGGGUCAUCCUCAGCACUUACAAUCACUUGCACUUUAGGAAAAAGUACAACUUGUACUUGGUGUUUCUUCCUGAGCUCCUGUUCCUGCUGUGCCUGUUUGGCUACCUGGUGUUCAUGAUAUUCUACAAGUGGCUGGUUUUCUCUGCUAAGGACUCCAGACAUGCCCCCAGCAUCCUCAUCCACUUUAUAAAUAUGUUCCUCAUGCAAGGUGAUGCAGUCCAGCCCCUGUACCCAGGACAGGCUGGCCUGCAGGUAUUUCUCGUGGUCAUUGCUGUUCUCUCAGUGCCUGUGUUACUCCUGGGGAAACCCAUCUACCUUUAUUGGCUUCACAAUGGAAGACCUCGCCUAGGAAUGUACAGGGGAUAUGAGCGUGUGCGGCGUAACAGUGAGGAGGAGCUCUACCUUAUGAGGGCUCAUGACAUGGAGGAAGGCAGCAGUCACAGUGAUCUCUCCACAAGUGGAGAGCACCAGACAGAGGAGUUUGACUUUGCAGAUGAGUUCCUGCAUCAGGCCAUCCACACUAUAGAGUAUUGCCUAGGUUGUAUCUCCAACACAGCCUCCUACUUAAGGCUCUGGGCUCUGAGCCUGGCACAUGCCCAGCUGUCAGAGGUGCUGUGGGCCAUGGUGAUGCGAGUAGGACUUAAAAUGGACACAGUUCUUGGGGUCGUAUUCCUGGUGCCUGUGUUCGGCCUGUUUGCCGUUCUCACUGUGUCCAUCCUUCUGGUCAUGGAGGGUCUGUCUGCGUUCCUUCAUGCGCUCCGGCUGCACUGGGUGGAGUUUCAAAAUAAAUUCUACAGUGGGACUGGAGUCAAGUUUUGCCCCUUUUCCUUCUCUUUGCUGCCCUCCAGCUUUGAGCAUGACGGCUUACUGUGAAGCAACAAUCUGGUAAUACUGUAACGUGGUAAACAGAGCCAAAACAAGCCAGCAGGCUUCUGUGCUCAUGCAGACAUAUUCUUGAUAUGUCAUAAAGUGAUUUAGAUUUUUCUUUUCAUCUUGUAAUGAUUUUUCAUGUAAAGACAUUGUAUGGCAACUUCACAAACUUUGGACUGAAUGCUGCCCCCAAAACUGUUUUAAGAACAGACGGUGCAGAGUGUACUGCUGAUAAAUUACUGUUUUUCUUAUGUAACACAGGGUGUUUUGUACCAGGAUCAGUAUGCUUCACUGCAGAGCACUUUGUGAGGUUGAAGUGUGAGUCUCAAAUUUAAAAUGUAACUCAUACACCUAAGAUCAUCAGUUUUCUUUUGAGGCAUUAUUGGUAACAGUUGUUAAUAUCACUUGUAUGGAGAACCACAUCCCCCAAAUCUAGAAUCUAUAAGUAAAAAAGACGUAUGAUUCUAGUAUGAGAUAACUUAACAGUAAUAAGUAAAUGGUUGUCCCCAAGGUUUGGCUAUACAGACAACACAUGGUAGGAUAAAUUUGUGGCUGAUUUUGGCCAGCUUGAUUUUGGUCUCUUCAUAGGAUUUGCUGAUUAAAUAAGAUAGAAGAUGAGAGAACAUCUAUCUUAUAUAUUUAUUUUAUCUCUUUCACGCCAUUUCUUCUCUUCUGAAUCUAGUUAUUUUGUCAUUAAUUUUAGCAUAAUUGUGUAUAUUGAUGCUGUAAUUUUUGACUUCUUUUUUUCUUUCACUGAGUUUUAGUUUUGGCUGAUCUGGUUACCUUACACUGGGUAGUGAGCCACCUUUCAGUUACAUAGUCCUUACUCAACUUUUUGUUGCACUGACUGCCUUAUGGAAGUACAACCAAAUGACAGCAUACUGUAUCAUUCUUCAGCUUCCCCUUGUAUUCCUACUUUGUGGUACCAAAACACUGCAAAGGAUCUUUGACUUUUCAGUUUUGAAAAGUGCCUGGGCAGGUGUGUGAAGAGAUGUAUAUAGUUUUACAGAAUUAUUUUUUUAAUUUAUUAUAUUUUAAAAUGUUGCAUCAGAAUUAAAGAUGAAUGUUAAUGGGAUAUGAUUGUUACUUUUAUGCAUUCACAGUGUUGCCUAUGUGUCCACUUGGUGUACAGAUGAACAUUCCACCCAUGAAAAUCUUAAAUCAUUGAUCUGUUGACUCAGCUCUGUUGGUCAGGAGCCCCUCACUUUGAAAGAUCUUCUAUCCAUAUUCAACACAGUGGUUGGGCUGUAUUAAAUCAUAUUAGGAGAAGAUUGAAUUAUGUACUAAUAUCACACACAGUAGUAUUUGCUAAUUUUGUAAAGUUGUUAGUAUUGUAUGCAGCUGAUGUUGGGAUGUUUUCUAAGGGAAGGAGACUUAAUUGUCAUCAUCAUAACAUAAUUGACAUGUCUGCACUUUUUCAAUGGCAACAAAGUUUGCUACAGUGAGAUACUGCCAUGCGUUUGAAGGUCAUGACCUUGUGUCUCAAGUGGAACAAUAUGGUGUCAUGUCAUGAUGAUGCAAGUGGCAGUCACUGUUUAAUGGGGUGAGUGAUAAUUGAUUAGCAAUCAUUUGCCGUAAUUAACACUUGUGGGUUGGUCGAAGUGGUAUUGCAGUUUCCUUUAAUGCAGCCCUAACCUUGCAAUUCAUUUAAACAUUAAAUAGUUUUUUUCAUUGUCAGACACUCCAGGUCUUUUGAGAAAAAAAAACUAUUUCCAUCAUGAUGUCAAUAAUAAAUUGUAUUUGUUUGAGUUGUUUUUGUUUUGUUUUUUUCCUCAGAGCCUGUAACUACGUUUAGCAGCAGUAGUAACAGUAGUAAAGGUACAGUCUGUAAUUCUGGGGAAGCACUGUUGUGCAUUAAAAAAAUGUUGCUUUAUGUUUA